AUGCUGCCGUCCGGCGACCAAUCCCAGAGCGACGCCGUAGGGGCACCCAUUCACGGUGACGUACUGGAAGCUGUUCUCUCCCACCUGCCAUUCGUCCACUUAGUUCCGGCGUCCAUCGUAUGCAAAGUCUGGAAUAAAGCGGUCGCAUCCACUCUCAAGUCCAAGAAACCCCAACCAUGGUUUAUUCUGCAUACUCAGCGCUCAAGGUCGCCGUAUCUGACGACGACGGAGGCCUAUGAUCCGGUGUCACGCAUGUGGAUCGAGAUUCAACAGCCGCCGAUUGAUUAUGUCUCCGCUCUCCGAUCAUCACAGUCGAAUCUUCUCUAUAUGUUGUCUCCUUCUAAGUUCUCAUUUUCGUUUGAUGCGCUCCAUCUAACGUGGCACAAUGUGACGCCUCCACGCCUAAUGCGGAUAGAUCCUAUUGUUGGCGUCGUUGGCAAACACGUCAUCGUUGCCGGCGGUGUUUCCGAUUUCGAGGAUGACCCACUUGCCGUCGAGAUCUACGACCUUGAGUCACAAAUUUGGACCAACCCGGAACCUAUGCCGGAGUUUUUCGAAGAGUCUUCGUCAUCAAUGUGGACUUCAAUCGCCUCCGACGAACGUCGUCUUUUUGUUAUGGAGAAAAGCUCCGGCGUAUUACAUACCUUCGAUCCAUUGACAAACACCUGGUAUGGUCCUUUUGUUUUACGUCCUGAUCACCUCGUUUCUCAUUUCAGUAUCGGAUUCUCCGACGAGAAAUUGAUUCUGAUCGGGUUGUUAGUUGAUUUCGACGAUCCCAUCGGCAUUAAGCUGUGGGAAGUGAAUUGCGAAUCAUUUGAGUACCAUGAAAUUGCAGAGAUGCCGGCGGCUCUUGUUGAGAAGUUAAAGGGUGAUGACUUGCAAAUUUUGUCGAUCGAAGUUCGUAUGGCGGGAAAUGUAGCUUACAUCUAUAAACCGAUGCGAGCCGGAGAGGUGAUAGUAUGUGAACUUUCCGGUGACGAUGGUGAGUGUAGGUGGUGGAGCAUGGCUAAUCUGGUCACCGGUGAUCGAAGCAUAAUGGAGAGGUUCGUUUAUACGUGUUCAAAGGUAGGGGUUGAGGAUCUGCGGCGAGCCACUGGGUCGAUGGUGAAUCGGAGAUUUCGAUUUAAAAAGUGA